GUCUCUCCUGCUCUUUGUGUUCGCCUCCAACUUAGCUGGGAUCUUCGUGGCAGCCUCCUUUGAUGCAAUUCGUCUGCUCUCAUUCCAUGAGAGUUGUAGACAGGUGACUGCAUCGGUCACUUCCGCUACUAGUGUGAACUCUGACUCCGAUCAGCAGUCUUCCCAACUUUUCAGCCUCAACUUCAAUCGUCCUCUCUUUGGGCAGCAGCAGCAGGAUGAGGAGGAGGGUAGCUGCCUCUCGCCUUCGCUCCAAGUCGUGGGAGGCACUGCUUCUCAGCCCGCCUCUGACGAUACCUACUGUCGACGCCGAUUGUGUCGAACUUCGGCAUCUGCAAUGACAGAUCGACAACACAACAGCAAGUACUCCACCACCGGUAUAGCUUUUGGUGUCGCCAAGUCAUUGAUGCGUGGUUUGCGGGCAUCUGCUACGGCUACAGGGAGGGUAGUGUAUGUACCUAUAAUGCGAGGUCUCGGGACGCUGGGUAAGCGCAUGGGUGGUGUCCUCUCUUCGUUACGGGGUGGAACCACCGACUUGGAGCGACCUGGUCGAGGCGCAGUUCGGAGGGCCACAAAAUGCAAUCUUGAGGGAGGUACUGUUAUUCGCAGUCAGCAACAGGAAGAGCAAAAUCGAAGAGGUGGAGUAGAAAGUAUGGAACGGAGUGUCACCAAUUCUAAC